GAUGCAAUAAUAAAUACAUUAAAUAUACUUAACAUAAAUAUAUAUGGUAAAUAUAUUUAAUAGUUUGUCUGGAGGCUGAAUGCGUAGAUGGCACUCUUUAUGUCCAUAAUUGAGUGUUCAACAUCCCACUCUUAGUUUGAAAGGAGAUGAGUCAGGCUCCCGAACGCGGACAAGCUGGUCCACAUGGGGAGCAGGAGCACGUGAGCGUGCAUACGGAGGCGUCUAGCUUCACCCCGCAGCAGGAGGUCCCAGAGCCGCAGGUUCCGCAACCGGAUGCUGUGCCGCAGGCUAUUCCUUUCCUGCAGCUGCAGCUGGCGGCCAACAUGCUCCAGUUCCUCCAGCAGAUGGCUGGGGCGUACAUCGCCGAUCCCAUAGUUGCUAAGCGCUGGCUCGAGCGCACAGGUCGAGUUCUCGGAACCCUACAGGUUCCAAUAAAGCAGAGAGGCGACUUAGCCAUCGCCUUACUUCAGGAUGCCGCCUACGACUGGUGGAAGCGCGCAAGAGCGAACGUUCCGGAGCCGGUGCCGUGGGAAACCUUUGAUGAGCUUCUCCGGGAGGAGUACGUGCCCGAGCACUUCAUGGAGGAGAAGCGCGAUGAAUUUAUGAAGUUCACCCAGGGUGAACUAACGCUACCAGAGUACCGCCAGAAGUUUGAUGAGCUGGCCGAGUUUGGCCGGGAUUUGGCGUUGGAGCUACAGACGGCCAUACACAGGACGGCCGAAUAUGAGCAAGCCCAGACGAUGCAUCCUCGUCCGCCAUCGCCACCCAGACCCAGCUCGAGCGGCAAGAGGCCUCCUCCUGUACCGAGCAUCUCGCACAUGAGCAAGAAGGCUGGGCAUUACCAUAGGAACUACCCAACGAACCCUGGUGAGGCGUUCCCGACAGCGCCCGCAGCCGCAGCUUCAGCUCCAACAGCCCAGCCCGUACCGAGUCAGACGUCGGUAGCGCUAUCUAGCCAACCGAAGAGGCCGACACAGAGCGCUCAGUCCGGGAAGGCUCUAGCCCGUACUUAUGCGAUGCAUGGACGCACUGAGCAGCCCGCCCAUGAUGUGAUUAUGGGUAUGUUCACCUUAUUCGAUACAUCCAUAUCUGCUUUGAUUGACCCAUGUUCCACAUUGUCAUAUCUGUGUACAUCUAUGCCUGUAUCGUCUAACAUUUCGAGAGAGAACCUGGAGAAUCCGGUGAUUGUGUCCAAUUCGUUGGGACAUAGUCUCUGUCUCAAAUAUAUCUAUCCUGACUGUCCCCUAGUUAUGCAAAGGAAGAGCUUCCCUGCAAAUCUGAUCAAGCCCCCACAUCGAGAAUUCGAUGUUAUCCUGGGCAUGGAUUGGCUCACAGCCAAUCAAGCCAUUGUCGAUUGUGGCACACAUACGGUACGGCUGAAAGCCGAAGACGGUAGUGACAUGCUGAUUCGAGGUGAGCUUUUCCCGAAGGCUUCCGAAUUCAUCUCGUAUAUGCAAGCUCGUCGUCUCAUACGCAAGAAAUGCGAGACCUUUUUAUGCACUGUCCGCGACACACAGCUAGAGACACCUGUACGGGAGGAAAUACCUAUGGUGUGCGAGUUCCUAGACGUAUUUCCAGACGAGCUGCCAGGACUACCACCCCGGGGGAGGUACCGGUCAGACCCUUCACACGUGAUUCCAGCUGAUACGGUCACUCUCGAUGAGAAUCUUACAUACGAGGAGGAGCCGGUUGAGAUUCUAGCUCGUGAGAUCCGUCAGUUGAGGAACAAAACCAUUCCGUUGGUCAAGGUUCUGUGGAGAAGUAACACCGUCGAGGAGGCGACAUGGGAAACCGAGGAAUCCAUGCGCAGCCAUUAUCCCCAUCUUUUCAGUAACCAAUGAUCAGGAAAUAAGAAGAUUUUGGAAAAAAUGCUUUAUCCCCAU